AUGUGUUCAAUUGUUCAAGGAAAUUUUGAUUUUUAUGGUACACCAAGUAUGGCUAAAUCUUUAACAUUUGUUUGGGCAUUAUUAGGUACAAAAGUACGAUAUGGUAUUGAUAUAGAAAUGCAUGGAGAAGUACUUGAAAAAUUAUCUAAAUUAAUUGAUCAAGGUGAAAUUAAAUCACAUGUAACACAAACCUUUGAUUUUAAUUGUGAAAAUCUGAAAAAAGUUCAUGAUAUUGUUGAAAAAGGCAAGGCAAUCGGUAAAAUUACUUUAAAAAUGAACACAUAA